AUGGUUCACAGACGGGUGGAGGCGUACUACAACCGCAUCUUAAACAGCCACAAGGUGGCACCAGAGAUUCACUUCGGAGAAGUGACCAGUGCGAAGUCUCUCUGUCUCUCCAUGGCCUGGAUGGUGUACCUGACACUGGAGAUCCUGGUUGCCGUGGCCUGUUGCCUGGGGAAUGUGAUGGUGGUGUGGGCCGUGCAGAUGAGGCGGUCGCUCAGGCAGCCCACCUUCUGUUUCGUGGUGUCGCUGGCCGUGGCCGACUUCCUGGUGGGGACCGUGGCGGUGCCCCUGGCGGUGCUGGUGGACGGCUGGGUGCGGACGUCCUUCCACGCGUGUCUGGCGGUCAGUUGCGUGGUGCUGGUGCUCACCCAGGCCUCGGUGCUCUCUCUGCUGGCCAUCGCUGUGGACCGCUACCUGCGGGUCAGGAUCCCCCUCAGAUACAAGAGCAUGGCCACUCAGCGCCGCUCCUGGGCUGCAGUGGCCCUCUGCUGGCUCGUCUCCUGUCUGCUCGGCUUCCCGCCUCUCUUUGGCUGGCACAACGGAAGCCCUGGCGCCCCGUCCGCCUCUGCCAACUCAACCGUCAUCGAGUGCACCUUCCUGGCCGUGGUCUCCCUGCCCUACAUGGUCUACUUCAACUACUUUGGCUGCAUCCUGCUGCCCCUGCUGGCCAUGACACUGCUCUAUGCCCUGGUCUUCCGCAACCUCCGCGUGCGUCUGCGGAGGGAGUCCGCGAGCGGGGAGCCUGCCUCCAGGGCCUUCUACGAGCGGGAGCGCAGGCUGGCCAGCUCCUUGGCGCUGGUGCUGGCGAUCUUCGCGGUGUGCUGGAUGCCGCUGCACGUCAUGAACUGCGUGCUGCUCUUCUCCCGGGGGCCCGGGGCCGUCUCCCAGGGGGCCUUCUACGCCGGCAUCCUCCUGUCGCAUGCCAACUCUGCCGUCAACCCUGUGGUGUACGCGCUGCGCAUCCAGAAGAUCCGCGAGGCCUACACAGAGAUCUGGAGCCGCUGCUUUCUGUGCCGCCAUAAAAGGCAGAGGCGAAGGGACUCGUACGUCUGGCAGGGCGGCCUAGCGGGCAGCCACGAGACCGGGAGCAGUCCUGUGUCUCUGUCAGCUCAGGCCGUGAGACCGUGA